ACAAAAACUUUAAAAAUGUUCAAACAGGUGAUCUUCGCUGCUCUCCUUGCUGUCGUGGCUGCUAAGCCCGGCAUCCAUUCUGUAGCCUACCCUGCACCAUAUGUCGCCGCUGCUUACACCGCUCCUGUGGCUGCAGCUUACACCGCCCCCGUGGCUGCAGCUUAUACCGCCCCUGUGGCUGCAGCUUACACUGCUCCGGUUGCCGCAGCGUACGCACCCUAUGCCGCAGCAUACACUGCUCCCGUCGCAGCAGCGUACACAGCUCCAGUAGCGUACUCUUCACCUCUUGUGGCCGCAGCGUACAAAGCUCCCGUCUUCUUCAAAUAAAAUCGAUAAUUGAUGCAAUUUUUUUAAAGUAUAUAAAUAAACGAUUGUGAUAUGUAUAAUAA